AAUAAUGUAGGUGUGGUUGUGUUGACGUUCCGCCUACAAAAUGGCUACCAAAGGAAAGGUAUUGCUCACAGGAGCCUCAGGACUGCUCGGUCGUCAGAUAUACCAGUGCCUCAAGAAGAGCAGCUGGGAAGUGAUGGGGCUCGCCUAUUCCAGGGGAGGCGAGGAGCUGGUGAAGGCUGAUCUGCUAGAUUUUGAGAAAAUGAGGGAAAUCAUGACUGACUUCAAGCCAGCCAUUGUGAUACACUCAGCUGCUGAGAGGAGACCAGACAAAGUACAGAAAGAUGAAGACAAGGCACGUGGACUGAAUGUGACAGCAACGCAAGAACUCACGAGACUCUGUCAAGAGUUGGGGAGUUUUCUAGUGUAUAUAAGCACAGACUAUGUCUUUGAUGGGACCUCCCCUCCUUAUCGCCAUGACGAUGCCCCAAACCCCCUCAAUACAUACGGCCAGUUAAAACUAGAUGGAGAGAAAGCCGUUUCGAGCUACAUCGAUUCUGCUAUUGUUAGGGUACCCAUUUUAUACGGGCCGGUUGAGACUUUAGACGAAAGUGCCGUCACUAUUCUAUUUAAAGCCCUCCUCUCAAACGACCCUGCUCCAAUGUCAGAUUAUGAGAAACGCUACCCAACACACACGAGAGACAUUGGGGUCUUCCUUGAAGCCUUCUCUUCCAAGGUUCUCACCGAUAGGGAGAUUUGUCGUGGUUCUUGGCACUUUGGAGGAUCUGAAGUUUUGACAAAGUACGACAUGGUACUGAAAAUGGCUAAGGUUUUUAAAUUGAGUUCCAAACACUUGAUACCUGUUCGAGAGCCUUCGGGCGGUGCCCCACGACCUUUCAAUAACGAGUUUGACUAUUCACAAACUAAGAAGCAUUUCACAAUGGAUAUUACUUCAUUUGAAGAUGGGAUAAAGACAGUUUUGGAGCCAUUUCUGCCGCCAAAAGAAUAGCUUAGCUUUGCAGUUAUUGCCUAUUUAGUGAUGCUUUUGUGCAGGAGGUGAGAUUUUGAAUAUGUCACUCAAUUGUUUCUAAUUAUAAUGAUGCUGUCUUACGUUUGAAAUUUGAUCUUACUCACUUUUUUGUUUAAAUUAUAAAAAUAAAUAAUAUCA